GGGGGGUUGCGGAUUGAAAAAGGAUUGAGUCUAAGAAUUUGCAGACUCUGCAAGAGGAGGGGAGGAGCCAGACAAAUAGAGCCAGUCCCCUGGCCUCCUUCCUCACUUUGCUCAGGGCUGCGUCCUUGGGCUGGCGCCCUUCUCCAGGCCUGAAACGCAGCUCUACAGGAGACCAAGUCCUGCUCUGCAGAGAUCUCCUUCUCCUUCCAGAACAAGGAUCUUCAGCAGGUCUCCAAUUCCAGGACUCACCUGGGCUUCCUGCAAGGCUGCGCCACGGAGUCAAGCUGUGGAUGAAGCAGGCACGUGGGUGAAGCUGGCUCCUGACCCAACUGCGAACCUAGUCCUCAGCAGUUACAGAAAAGAUAACCACAAGGCUGGCUGAAAGCCAGUGCUCCUUCCUGCAAGUCUGGACCCAGGCUCCAGUUAAAGUUGAAGAAAUUAUCUUAGAUAAGUAGUCAAGGACGUGUGGCCAUUCAUAAUAGCAUUUAUAAUCAGCUGGAGCACUUUUCCGAUUUAUCAUUUGCUUAGGUCCCUUUGCUUGCUUCCUGAUUCAUCAUUUUACCUGCCUGUUAUUGCAGUCAAUCAGAUCUGUUAUUUGUUGUAAUAUUGAUAACAGGAGAUACUUAUCUCUUGCUCUAUUUUAAUUUAACCCUUGUGGUAAUAGGGUUAGUACCAAAGUUUAUGGCCACCACUCUUCCCAUAUAAGCUGUUGGCCCCAACUGUAAUGAUGGCUCUUGUUUUUCUUUACUGUCUCAUCUCACUGGUGUCUGCUACUUCCUGGAAGGAAAAUACUCUAGUUAAGUUGUCUCAGAGUGUAGCCGAUGGUGGGAAUUUAAAUAAUUGUUGGAUAUGUCAUAUGAGCCCUCGUGCCAGCCAUGGACAGUAUCUCCCAUCAGUGGUCCCCAUCACUGAUUUUGAUACCAUACCAGACCCUGAGACCUUCUAUAAUCUUUCUCCUCCACGACUCACAUUCCAAGUUCAGAUAGCCAGUGGGCCUCAGAAUACCCCAACUCCUUGCUUCCACCUGUCUGAGGUAAUUUCCAUCGCAGGAAAAAUGACUACUGGUCCCCCAAGGUCCCUCAAAUUUCUUCUGAGAAAAUGUGAUGCCCAAAACCCCCCCAAAUGUACACUGAAUGAAUGUGUAAGGGCUAAUUCUGACUCCAAUUUAUGCCAGAAAGUCAAACAAGUUGGAUAUCAUGUAAAUGGACUGUGGAAGGCUUGUAGUAGUUCUCACCCCUGGCUUGACAACAUAAUCUCUAAACUCCCCCAAAAUGAAGAAAUUAAUGACACUACCCUGGGAGGUGUAACUUGUGCUCCUCCGGGAUUUGUCUUUGUCUGUGGCAUAGGGAGUGACUCGCCAACGCAAGGAUGGGCACAUCGCUGCUUAGACAGCUGGCAAAUGCAAGGGUCAUGCCUACUGGGAUAUUUUAGGACCCCCUUCUCCGUGCACAGCCUGCAGAGCAUCACUUCCCACUCUAAAUCAAACUCCCGCCUUAAAAGAGAGAUAAUGGCUAGGUAUGAGGACAAUAAAGGACAAAGCAACCUCAUACCAAGUGCCGGAAUUUAUAUCAAUAGAGAUAUGAUCCGUAACCUAUCUGCCACAAUUGAACAAAUUGCUGAGGACACAGCUGAAAGUAUUGCAGCCCAACACACAUCUUUGAACUCCAUGGCUCGAGUGGUCCUGGAUAAUAGAAUGGCUCUUGAUUUCUUACGGGCAAAAGAAGGAGGAGUAUGUGCAGUGGCUCAUGACACAUGCUGCACAUACAUCAAUUCCAAUGGAGAAGUUGAAACCCAAGUAAAUAAAGUAAGUCAACAGGCUACCUGGUUAUAGGAUGGACCUAAAGAGGAUAUGCACCAGGACUUAUUUUCCUGGUUGCCAUCUGGAAUAGGGGGGACUCUUUGGGGGGUACUGAUUCAAGGGUCCACUUUGAUGAUCAUCCUCUUUGUAAUGUGCUUAUUAAUUUUCAAAUAUCUGUCCAGGUGCUGUGACAAAGUGGUCAAAAGAGAGACAAAUGUUUUCAUAAUCCAAAAUACUUAUGUUAAGCCUGGGACUUGAGAAUUCUUUGAAAAGAAGUUUCAAAACUUUCUCUCCUCUAAUCCUAAAGAAUUAACAUCGCCCCUGUUCAGCAGGAAGUAGCCAGAGCGGUCGUCGCCCCUGUCCCCCUUAGGAUUGAGGAGUAUGGAAGAAAGGGGGAACUGAAACUGAGCAGGUCCUGCAGGGCCUUCCUGGAUACAGUGCCCUCUGUGUCCCCCACUUCCUGUUUGUAGAAAAAUCUUUAGUCCCCUAGGCCUUUGCAGGUUCCAAAGAGCAGAUUCAAGCAGUUAAUAAUUAUAGAAGUGAAAAAAAAAUGCAGAAACAAAGAAUAGCAAUCAAGCAAGAAAAGUUCAGCCAUAAAGCAGAGUCACAGGACUCCUAGUUCCUCCUCGAGGGAUAUAGAUAACAAUCCGAUGCAUUUUCUUGAGUUGUUUUACAGAAGCCAGGACCCCGUGAUGAAACCUGCUGACCACAGCCAUGGAGACCCAGAAAAGUUGGAACCAGAAGAGUGAUGAACAAGAUGGCAGAAAUAUAACUUUGUUGCUUAACACCCAGACAAUCAGAAGAAUCCGCAAGCUAAUCACAUGCUUAAGACACUCAUCCUUAAUUUUAGUCUUUAAAAACCCUUGCCUGAAAGCUAUCAGGGAGUUCAGGUUCAUUAAGCAUUAGCUGCCCAUCCUGCUUGCUUGACAUCCUGUGAAUAAAUGCUGUACUUUUCUUCAUCACAA